AUGCGUUUCAUGCACAUCUUGGCGUCCACCGCGGCGCUCACGUCUGCGAUGUCUAUCGCGGACUUGAACCAGCGGGAUGAGCAGAGCGUUGACUCAAAGGCCGACGGCAACCUUGGUCCCCAGGCCAAUGAGCCCAAGAUUGACCCCUCCACAAUUGGAAACAAGGUUGACGCUUCCAAGUCGGAAGACAACAAGGGAGAUGCCAAGAAGGAUGAUCAGAAUCAGAAGUGGGGUGGCAACCAGGAUGAGCACAAGGAAGAGCCCAAGAAGGAAGAGCCCAAGAAGGAAGAGCCCAAGAAGGAAGAGCCCAAGAAGGAUGAUCAGAACCAGAAGUGGGGUGGCAACCAGGACGGGCACGGGGAUGAGGGCAAGAAGGACGAGCAUAAGGAGCACGAGUAUCCGGCGCCCGUCACCAAGGAGUACACUAAGGAGCAUGAGUACCCCGUCACCAAGGAGUACACUAAGGAGCACGAGUACCCCGUCACUAAGGAGUACACCAAGGAGUACACCAAGGAGCACGAAUACCCUGUCACCAAGGAGUACACCAAGGAGCAUGAGUAUCCUGUGACCAAGGAGUACACCAAGGAGUACACCAGAGAGCACGAGUACCCCGUCACCAAGGAGUACACUAAGGAGCACGAGUACCCCGUCACCAAGGAGUAUACCAAGGAGCAUGAGUAUCCUGUCACCUACACCAAGGAGUACACCAAGGAGCACGAGUAUCCCGUCACCAAGGAGUACACCAAGGAGCACGAGUAUCCUGUCACCUACACCAAGGAGUAUACCAAGGAGCACGAAUACCCUGUCACCAAGGAGUACACCAAGGAGCACGAAUACCCCGUCACUUACACCAAGGACUACACCAAGGAGCACGAGGUCACCUACACCAAGGAGCAUGAGGUCACCUACACCAACCCGGUCACUUACACCAAGGAGCAUGAGCAGACGUACACCACCACGGUCAUCACCACUGAUUACACUACCUUCUGUCCUUCUCCUACCACCAUCCCUGUUGGCAGCACCACUUAUACUGUCACGGAGCCAACUACUCUGACCAUUACCAACUGUCCUUGCACUAUUACUCAGCCUCACCCGCCUCCUCCUCCUCCUCCUCCGGUUACCACUGUGGCUCCUCCUCCCCCUCCUCCUCCUCCUCCGGUUACCACUGUGGCUCCUCCUCCUCCACCGCCGCCUCCGGUCACCACCGUGGUUCCUCCUCCCAACACUUCCGUCGCGCCGCCGCCGCCGCCGCCGCCUCCACCUCCUCCUCCUCCUCCUCCUCACACCAGGCCUCCUCCUCCUCUGGUCACCUCCGUGCCACCUCCUCCACCUCCUCCCCCCCACACCGUUGUUCCUCCUCCCAACACUUCGGUUGUCCCUCCUCCUCCCCCUCCUCCCCACACCGUCGUUCCCCCUCCUCCCCCUCCGCCGCCGCCUGCCACCGGCACAGUUCCCCCGGUCAUCCCCACCGGUGCUGCCGCCAACAACAAGGCUGGUCUCGGAGCUCUCGUCGUCGCUGGUAUUGCCGCCCUGGCUCUCUAA